UCCGACGACGACGAGGACAACGACAGCCGCAUCAGUGGCUCCACCGCUGACCGCAACUCAUCCGACGGCCAUAAGUGGCGUCGAGUGAAGCCCGGCUUCGCCCGCAUCGCGUUGUAUCCCAACGGAACCACUCGAGUGAUCAACGAGUCUAAGGCCAAACUUUACGACCGGUCGCUUCUGAACGGAGACAUUGUUCAACGCUUGGAUCCGUUGACAAAUAAAUUGGUGCCAAACGGCGAACACGGCUUCUGUCGAUCCACCAGAAUAUUGACCACAAUUAAGAUCUUAGGGACCGAUAAAGUGAUCGAAAACGUGGACACGAAUGAUAUGGAAAUGUUGUUGAGUUUAAGCGCAGAGACCAUCUGUUUGUUGGACUCGUGGAUCGGUUACGUGAAAGAAGUGAAUCUUAAGCUCACAUUGAAAUGUGUUGACGGAUCGCUUCUCACCAUCGAUGACGUGGAUAUCAGCGACUUCGAGGAUCUGCUGACACAACGCGAGAGCAACGACACCGAGUUUAGUAGAGAUGAUUAUUAUAUCGGACAACAACUGUUUGGUCCCAAAAGUGACCUCAAGAACGCCCAAUGGAGUCAUCAAACGAAACAAAUGAAACGCUAUAUGAGCUCUCAGUCCGUCCGCAACUCUAAGAUCAAUGUGGCGGUCGAAGACAUUGCCAUCGAUAAUGUGUCCGUCAAUUGGUUGUGCUGUCUAUCGGACGAUAAUUUAUGUAAUAAAUCUCAAAUGAAUACUUCAAUGACCGGUAAUAAUAACCUGAAGAAUGUAAACAAAGAUAAGUCUGUCAACAGUCCGAUCGGUGGCCCGACUUAUCACCCGAUGGGAGAUAUCAUUAGAGGCGAAGCCAUAUCGCGGAUGAAAUGUGUGAAUCACUUCAGGAAGUGUUCGGCACAGAUCGGCCAUCAGUGCUAUUAUACCAUCAAAGAGAACGACUCUAUUGUCAGCGUUUCUGAAUGGGAGGCAAAGGAAUCGAUGAAAUGGUUGAACGAAGAGAAGAAUGAAAGCACUAUUAAAACAAGCGAUGAGAUUAGCCGUCAGUCGGAUAACGAAAACACUGUGGCGUCGAAUGAAAAUCCUCUCAUAACUAAGUCAGACAGCGAUAGCCUUUCCAUCUCUUCCAUAGAGACGAGUAAUUCUAAGACUAAAAAAGCGAAGAAAAGGAAAAAUCAAUUUUCACUGUCGUUGAGGAAAAUUAAAUCCAAGAAACUGUUGCCUUCGCACCGGAAGACUCCGCUCUCCCUUCCCAUUAGCACUACUCCCGGCGCUCGACUCCCAAUAGAAAUCAUAGCCACAAACACUCGGGUGUCUGUCGUUUGGCAGAAUACCAACACCGAGGAAGACGUUCCGUCCAUUUCUCUAUAUCCGGUCCAUAACAUCGAUAAUCACGACUUCUUUCCCGGAGAUUUUGUGGUCGAAAACAAAGACAUUUCGCACUCCUAUGACUAC